CCCUUGAUGGCUCUCAGGAGGAACCCGGCCACCACUGUGGGAGCCCCUGCUCCCUGCUCCUGUGGAACAAGCAGGUCUAGCGCCCCCCUAAGUUGACAGUUAUAACCCUUCAUCCAAUCCACGGGGACAGGACCGCUGCUCUGUCAGUUGCUUUCCCCGCUCUUGAGCGCCCGGCGAUGCGGUGCUGAGCAGGUGUGAGCAUCGUGAAGGACACACGGACGGACGCAUUUGCCCGCUACGGAAGGAAAACCAGGCAGUCCUGCUAAUGUUCCAUCAGCUGAGCUUCUAGCCGUAACCCCACCAGGUGGUCCUCACUUCAACAUCAUGCUGCACCUCACCCUGCUCCUCCAUCUCCUGGUCUUCUCUCUCACCCCUGCAGAUGCAUCAGUGUAUGGGGAGGCACCCGACUUCUAUGGAGAUGAAGCCACAGGUUAUGGACCAGUGUUUGAGGAGCAGCCGGUGGAUACCAUCUACCCCGAGGAGUCGCCCGAGGCAAAAAUCACCAUGAGCUGCCGGGCCCGGGCCAAUCCACCUGCCACAUACAAGUGGAAGCUGGACGACAACGACAUUGACUUGAACGCACAAGGCAGCCAUUACAGUUUAGUAGGAGGCAACUUGAUCAUCAGUAACCCCAUUAAAACCAAACAUGUAGGACAGUACGUUUGUUUGGCGACCAACAUGUAUGGCACGGUCAUCAGCCGAGAGGCCUCAGUCCAGUUUGGAUACCUCGACUUGUUCUCGUCAGAGGAGAGGGAGUCGGUGUACGUCAAAGAGGGACAGGGGGCAGUGCUGCUCUGUGCCCCCCCACCACAUUAUCCAGCUGAGCUGUCAUUCCGAUGGAUCCUCAACGAAUUCCCCACCUUCAUCCCGCUGGACAAGAGGCGUUUUGUCUCACAGAUAACGGGUAACCUCUAUAUCUCCAAAGUGGAGUCCUCAGACAGCGGCAACUACUCCUGCAUUGCGUCCAGCCCAUCCAUUUCCAAGAGUGUUUUCUCCAACUACAUCCCCCUCGUACCUCUGGCUGAACGUCCCAUCAGGAAAUACCCUGCUGACCUCAAAGUGAAGUUUCCAGACACCAUUGCUCUGGUGGGGCAGAACAUCACCUUGGAAUGCUUCGCUUUGGGGAACCCCGUCCCCGAGAUCCGCUGGAAGAAAUUAGAUGGACAGCUGCCACCCAAUCACGAGGUGCGGAUGGCGGGGGCUCAUCUGCACCUGUACAACGUACAAUUUGAAGACGCUGGCAGCUAUCAGUGUGAGGCAGUGAACUCGAGAGGAAAAGACUAUCAUGCUGCACGUGUGUCUGUCGAAGCCUUCCCUGAGUGGGUGGAGCACAUCAUCAGCACAGAGAAAGACCUCAGCAGUGCUUACACCAUGUCCUGCAUAGCCAGCGGCAAACCUAAACCACACAUCCGCUGGCUGAAAAAUGGAGAACUGACUGACAGGAAAGAGAUGAAGUUCAGCAGCUUGACAUUUGACGAUUCAGGGAUGUACCAGUGCAUAGCAGAGAAUCACCACGGAAUCAUAUAUGCCAACGCAGAGCUGCGUGUAUACGCCUGUGCUCCCACAUUUGAAAACAACCCAGUGAAGAGAGUCAUGGCACCUAGAAACGGCCGAGUGGUGAUUGAAUGUCGUCCCAAGGCGGCUCCAAAGCCCAACUUCUCCUGGAGCAAAGACACAGAGCUGCUCCACAACUCCACCAGGGUGUUCAUCUGGGAGGAUGGGAGCCUGGAGAUCCUCAACGUGACGCGAGCAGAUGAAGGCAGAUACACUUGCUUCGCCGAGAACGACCGGGGCAAAGCCAACAGCACGGGCGCUCUGUUGGUUACAGAGUCCACAAAGAUCACCUUGGCACCGUCCAAUGCUGACGUUAAAGUGGGUGAGAACAGCGGUAUGCAGUGCGCUGCGUCACAUGACCCCUCUCUGGACAUCACCUUUAUCUGGUCCCUGGACGGCCGGGUCAUUGACCUACACAAGGAGAGCCAACAUUAUGAACGCACCUUGAAUGGAAGCUCAAACGGCGAGCUGCUCAUUAAGAACGUCCAGCUGAAGCAUUCUGGACGCUACACCUGCACUGCACAGACCACUAUUGACAAUGUCACCGCCUCUGCCCACCUGGUUGUCAGAGGUCCCCCCGGUGCCCCAGGUGGGGUGCGAGUGGUGAACAAAACUGACAAGACCAUGACGUUGCAGUGGAGCCGCGGAGCAGACAACCACAACCCCAUCUCCAAAUAUACCAUCCAGUACAGGGACUCCUUCUCAGGGGAAGUCUGGAAGAAUGCCACUACAUCUCCUGCAGAUGUAGAGGGGAAUGCAGAGGUGGCCACAGUGGUGGAUCUGUUCCCCUGGGUAGAAUAUGAGUUCAGGGUUAUUGCAUCCAGCACUCUGGGGACAGGAGAGCCAAGCAGCCCGUCCCCUAAAGAAAAAACCCUGGAAGCAAGUCCUGUGGUGGCGCCCUCGGAUGUCGGCGGCGGUGGAGGGUUGAGCAGAGAACUGACCAUCACGUGGACGCCAGUACAGCCUCAGUACUACUACGGGCAAAAUUUUGGCUACAUCGUGGCCUUCAAACGACAAGAAGGAUACGAGUGGAGCAGGGUGACUGUACCUGACCCUCAGGCCAAGCGCUAUGUCCACAAAGACCCCUCCAUCCUUCCAUCGACAGAGUUUCACGUCAAAGUCAAAGCGUUCAACAGCAUCGGAGAGGGACCUUUCAGCCUAACAGCCACCAUUUAUUCAGCGCAGGACGCUCCAUCUGAAGCUCCUGUAAGUGUUGACGGCAGAGCUCUGUCUGCCACAGAAGCCACUGUGUCGUGGCUGCCGCUCGCACAGAGCAAUAUAGAUGGAUACCAGGUGAAGUACUGGAGGAAUCAAGAAGACAGCGAGGCAGGGGCCCAGAGGGUGGUGGUUCCUGGCAGGGAGAACCACACCAGGCUGGAGGGUAUGAAGCCCAACUCCCACUACAUUAUAGAGAUCCGGGGCUACAACUCUGCAGGAUAUGGGCCACCCAGCGAUCACCUCCACAUCCACACCAAGAAAGCCCCUCCAAGUCAACCUCCCAAAAUUAUUGGUAAAAAGUUAAAGGGCCAUGUAAUAAAUAUUGCCUGGGAACAUGUGGAACCACUCGCUAAUGAGGCGUCGAUAGAUGGUUACAGAGUUCUGUACAGGCAGCAGGGCCACUCCACAGGCACUCUGUACACAACCAGUAGGCGGUACAUAGACCUCCCUAUGCCCACAGAUGGGAACUAUGUGGUGGAGGUGCGGGCGCACACAGAGGGGGGAGACGGGGCUGUGGCAAAAAUCGACAUCACAGGUGGAGGUGUGGUGUCCGCCCCGUCUCUCGGUGUACUCUCCCUGCUCCUGGUGGCUCUCCUCUGCCUGAACCUCUGAAUGUAGCGGCAUCUUUGUCUUUACUUCCCUUGAAGGAGACUCUAAAGGAGACGCCUAAAAGGACUUUGGGACUCUUUCCACAAUCUUUUGGUUCCACCCCGUAAAACCCGGGACGUCAUAUUCCAACUCUUCCCCUCUGGGAUAUGUUUGUGGAAAUAGACACAGAAAUGGAAAAAUUGGAAAAUGGACAAAGACAUCCUUUAUUUAUCCACAAAAGCCUCUUUGGAGGAGUGUCAAAGGAGUUCUGUCAACUUUUUAAAUAUGCCUUAUAUAAACAACUGCACUUAUCUUUCACAAUAACUUGUUUUAAAAUGGAUCAUGACUGAAAGUGUGAAGACAACACUUUAGGUUUGGCUGUCAAGUCUUUUUACAUCAUGAAGCCAACCUUUCUUAUAUAGAUGAAGGCGAUGUUUGUUCAGAAACGUGGGCUUCAUUUGAUCUGAUAUUUUGGAAAAUCUAUCCUACAGUGCAUUCCAUAGUUUAAGGUAAACAACUAGCUGUGAAGGAUAAGUGUAUGAGUUUAUAAAAAUGUCUUUAUGUCUUUCUUUACUUGCAGUUCAGUGGCAUUUUCUUCUACUUUUCUUUUUAAAACAGAAGCACACCCUUUGUUACAGAGAUACAGUCAAAGCAAAUCUCAUCCUUUCAUACUUGAUUUUUUUAUUAACAAACAUCAUAUAGGAAAGAGCAAUUUAUGUCAUGCUGAAAUAAUAUAUCCAAUAAUUGAUAUUGUUUUGCUAUCUAAUAUACUAUGGAUGUUAUUUGAAGAAAAAAUAGAUUGGUUUGACCUGCAAUCAGUGCUUAUUCACAAAUCAUAACAUGAGCUCUAUUGAUAGAAAAAACAAUUUCAAAUUGUGUGCAUGUUGACAUUGUAAACAUGGAAAGUUUGAAAUGGUUCAAAAGUGAGUUUCGACACAGGGAUCCCUACGUGCAAAGCUGAAUGUAAAGCAAACCACAGGAGCAGGAAGUGAACUGAACAACAUAUCAGACAUGCAGUUUCAAAUGCAGAACUGCAGCAAACAACAUGUGCCCGUGGUUAUUUUGAUUGCUUGCCAUUAUAUUUGUACAACUGUGCAGUGAUCAAGUCUUUGCCACAACAUCUGGGUCAUUGUUGAACUAAACUGAAACUAAAAAAAAACAACCUUUUUGUUUUGACUGUAUCAUUAGGACCUCAGUGGUACCAGCUGGUGCUUGUAAAGAAUGUUGGCAUUUUAUUUUGUGUUUUCAUCUCUCUCGUUUAUGGCUUUGUGUGAGAGUCACUAUUAACAGCUAUAGUGAACGGUAGCGACGCUCAUGCCCUCCAAUAAUUGUGCAAUGUAUGAUUCAUCUGUGGCUACUUUAUAUUUUCUAAUAAGACAACUUGCCUAGCUCCGAUAACAGUAAUUAUUUCAUUUCUCAUUAUCUGGUAAAAACAGAAGGUAAGCAAAGCCAUCCGUGUCCGCUGUAAGAGCCCUUCAGAAGCUCGCAACGUUGUUUCCACUGCGUUAUUUUUGUCUUUUUAUUAACAUGUUAUCAGAGAUAUAUAAACAUUAUCAACUGUUGUUGUUUUAUUUGUUUAUGAUUAUUAUAUUUGUACGUCAUGACCCACCUCUAGUUGGACAGUUUCAAAGUUUAUUUCCCUCGAAUGGAGGAAGAAAUGCUGCGUUUUGAAUUCCUCCCGAUUCAUUUCCUGUGUGACUGAUGCUGGCCGUGCUUCUACAUUGUGACUAAUAUAUCAACAUCCACCACAAAGUGCUUUUCCCAGUUUUCCUUCAUGCGACAAAUCAUAAAAAAAAAGAGUUGCCAAAUGCAUGAAUGCCUUGAACUCUGACGUUUUGGACGAAGCAGCGGCUCUACAUUCUAACGUGCAUGACAUUGGAGACGACACGGUACAUUACUUUGCAACAAAUCAACAUCAUAGCAACUUCUCAACCUCUCAGCUUCGUACGACAUACAUUCCAUUCCUGAGUGACAUCCCUUUACGUCAGAGACAGCGUAGAUCUAAAGUCUGAUAUGUGCAUUAGCUGCUGAGCUUCAUUUAGCACGUCAUCUCAAAUGAAGUCGUGGGGAGAGGAUGUUUAGGGAGGAAAUGUUAAACUGACUAAAGGAAUCUCACUCAUUCAAGUUCAGAAAAGGUCCUGCAGUCUCGCGCACACGAUGGUGGGGAUUUGAUAGCAUCACUGGUGGCAAUGGAGGCAUGUUUGGCUGUUUGCUGGGGGUUCGGUGCUUCGCUGGACUUGAACGGCACUUGUGAGGGAUGACACUGGAACCUCUCAUUGGCUGGACAAGGAACAAUAAAAGUGUAGUUAACUAUUGAAGAUA